AUGGGGAUCAACAGAACACAGAACCACAAAUAUCAUGAAACAGAAGGCGGGAGUGCUGAUGAGGAGGGAGGCGUGGUCUACCUGGACUCCAGCCCGGAAUCGAUGUUCAGCAUCAGCAGCGCCCCAAACUACAUGCGGACCCUUACUUUCUACAAGACCCAGCUGAACAACAUCAUCGUAGCGUUUCAGUGGGGGUACACGCUAGAGCAACACGAGAUAAAAGUGUGGCUUCAAAAUGAUGAGCAACUGGUCAAGUACAAGACUUUCCCGAUGGAGAUGGACUUCUAUAUUGAAAAACUUGUGUUCAUAACAAGCCAUCGGCUGUUUGUUGCUUACUGCGAUGAUAUAACUCUCCGACUGUACGGGGAUAUAGUGCAAGAUCUAACAUUUCUGACCUGCGUCCAGUGCCCAAGCUCUGUGAUCAGCAUGCAUUACAAUGAGGAGACAGAGGAGCUCAUCACUGGCUGUAUCGGACAUAUAGUCUUCUGGUCUUUCAAACAGGAGCAGCACUCGUUUAUUGCCAUUUCUAAAGUUCUUGACUGGAGUUCCUGCUCCCUAGAGAGGGGUGAGUUUGUGAAUUACCUGAUCACCGAGAGACAGUCCAACUCUAUGUUUGCUCUCUGUGGAAACAGAAUACUUGCCUUUGACUACUGGAAGAAAGUUGAGACCAAACCGUUCCAGGGAUCCAGCUACGGCACACUGAAGUGCUGCUCCCCGUACUGGGUCCAGAGGUACCUGUACACUGGGGACGCUUCUGGGUACGUUCAGAUCUGGAGUCGGGAAAACCGAAACCUCUUGCAGGAGUUCAAAGCUCACUCAGGGGCCAUCACCAGCCUGCUCAUACGUCCCAAAGUUCACUCUUUCCUGACGGCAUCCACAGACCGCUCAGUCAAGGAGUGGAAUUUCUCCGGGGAGCUGCUUCAGAGGCUGAUUAUGGAUGAUGAGAUCUUGCAGCUCCAGUCCAUAGAUGAUGACUUAUUCCUCUGCCACAUGCCCUAUUCCUUCUCCAUUUGGAACCUAAGGACCUUCUACCAGCUAUUUAAUGCCACUGACUGCCCCCUGCAGAAGAUGUAUCGAGUCCAGUGCACUCCUACUAAGGCCAGGAUGCUAGCCAUCACUAAAGAUGGUAUAGUGCGCUUCCUAUCUCCUGUGACGGGAGAGCUCAUAUUCCUCUCCUGGCCUUUUCUGAUCUUAGAGAAGGCCACAGACUAUGCCUACGACCCACAGCGGGAAGAAAUGUUUAUUGCCACCGGAUCAUCAGAGAUGCUUGUACUGGACACCUCCAUGUGCCCGACUCCUGCCAAAUAUUUUUUGAUAACGUCCCAAGAUCAAGCGGAAGGGGUCUUGUGCCUACAAGCUAUAACAGGCAGCCCCUGUGAGUGCCUGGAGACAGAGGAGACCCACACGCUUCAAGUGUCAUCGAUUGACUACUGCGCUGCUCUGAAGGUCAUUGUGACUGGAGGCACAGAGGGGUCGAUAAAAAUAUGGGACCUGAGAGGGAACAUGCUGGCUGAGCUGAAGUUACAAGGUCAUCUGAGCUAUGUUUGCUUCGCUAACCAAAGGGGAGACCUACUCGCCAAUUCUAACAGCAAUACCUAUUACAUACCCUGCUUCAAGUACCUUACAGGUGACUACCUGAAGACACUGAUAUGUAAGGAAGUACAGGACGAUGCCAUUGAAGACCCCUUGCCUUUCAAGCCCCAGUCACUCAAGCAUCUUGAUGUUGUCUUAGUUCCAAAGUAUUACUUAGACUCAAAAAAGUCCUGCACAGAGGACCCUGACACAUCGUUAGUCGAGAAGAAAUUCCCUGUGAGUCCACGGGUACAAGUAGUGCCUGGGAAAUAUUUGAAAAGAUCCAGAAAGGAACUGACCGCAGAACUCCUGCCAGCUACGUUAAGGCAAGAGGUGGAUAAUAAAAUGGAAAAGCCUCCCAGGAUAGAAGCUGAAAAGGUGUACCCAGCUUCAGAACAUCUUCAUGGACAACCAGAAGACACAUCAAAGGAAGAGGAAUUCAGCGCAGAUACGCCCAUCAAAGAUCACCAAGAUCUGGAAUACAAGGAAAUAGUGAUUUCUGAAAGCAAGCCUCGCACCUGGGAUAAAGAGUUUGCGCCCUACUUCAGAAAAUGGCCUGUCGCUCCUGAUGGUUACAUUCCCAAUUCAGUGAUCAGGGCUUGGAUAGAAAAAUAUAAAUAUCCAACCAGUCUUCCUGGCACUGACAAACAAAAAUACGACCCCAGCCAACUCAUGGCGCGUUUUAAAGAAGCUGACAUUGAGUAUGGUUCAUCUAGAACCAUUUUUUUGAAAGAGUAUUUGGAUGAAUACGAUGAAGCACAAGCAGAGGAUGAUCAUGAAACCAUCUACAGUGAUGAUAUGUGUCAGGAGUACGCAGAAAAGAAAGAACUAGACCUGCUUACAAGAAUAGCCUUAAGCGACUGGCUCUCCCACAAGCCCUUUGUCAUAGACGUAGAUAAUGUCAUUCAAGCUAUUUUGCUGACAAUGCAUACUGAUUCAUCCACAGUGUAUUGCUUUUGCACCGAUGCUUUGCUCAGUAUUACACAGACUUACACUAUCCUAAAGAACUCCAAAGAUGAUAUCAUCAAAAGGCUUCUGGCAGACACCACUGACGAGAGGAGCAAUUGGAAGAAGCUGGAGGCUUGGAAGACCCUCGAUCAACUGAAUUACCUUGCUGAGAACAUGGUGCCCAAUCUUGCCCAGGGCUUGAUGGACCACGAUGCCCCAGUGAGAACACUGGUCAGGGCACUGCUGAAGAAGCUGACCACAAUCCAAAGCAAAGAGACCUUGCUGUACAGGCUGGAAAAGCUGCUCCAAGGAUUCCCGGCAGGGUUUUCCAUUCGGCUCCUUCAGGAGCUGGAGGAAAAACUCCAGGAGGACCUGACGCUGAAGGGGCCGGGGGGCCCAGUCCUGAAGGACACGUCCCGGUCCACAGAAGUAGAGAGAUUACCGGAAGCAGAUUCCCUCCCUACACAAGCACAAGGGCUGUCCUAUACAGGGGACCUGGAUGGAGACACAAGCAUUUGUGGCCAAGUGCCUGGCCCCCUCAGCUUGAUGAACUUUCCACAAGAGAGGCCAGACUUUGUGCCCCAACAGGAUGACACAGAUUAUGGAGAUGGCAUCUCCAAGCCCAAAUACACACUGGGGACAAGUGAGACAAGGAGAGGGAGAGGGACAGCGACAGGAAGAGGUAGUGAGCAAGGGAAAAAGAAAAAGAAACAGAGAUCACUGAAGGCGAUAGAAUCUAGUUCAAGAGUGAGACUGCCCCCGUUACAAAGGAAGGGAAGCAAACUCAUGGACUCAAUGGCAAUCCACAUGUACAUCUCAAAGGCGAAACCCCAUGAGCUGCAUAAAGGACUCUCCGGAAAAGUGUCACCAGAAGCAGGCCAGCAGAUGUCUGUUUUGGAGCCCAUGCAGGUGUCUGACUCUGCAUUAAAGAAACAGAGCGAACCCAAAGCAACUCGCAGGCCAUUCAUCAGCAGUCAAUCAGUCACUGAUUUUCCCUCAAUUCGGAAAGCCGCCUUGGAUAAAGCCGGACAGGCCUCUGUUUUUAUCAAGAUUGACCCCACGACAUGCAACACCAGCCCAAGUUCAUGGCGGGAAAGUCUCUAUGAGCUGGUCUCUAUGUAUGGUCUGAAGUCUCCGAUGAGGAGAGGAAAUGUUUCCUCUCAGUGUUCCACUGCGGUCUCAACUAAAAAAAAACAGGAGGUGGUGAGUGUGCUUGGCCAGAUCAGAGAUGUUGCUCCAGGGCAGAGAGUCCUGCACAGGAUCCUGGUGCGGGACCCCAAUGCCAGGCCGGAGUCUCGCUUCCACCUCGAGUUCCCGCUGUCCUGGCAACAAAGCUUCCAGACCGCGACCCCGGACGGGGACUGCGGAUACGGAAUGCUAGAGCUUGAUUGGACCACCGGCCUGAAAACUCCGCCCAGGGAUAUCCCAAAAAUGAAUUUCACAUUGACAAAUCACUGA